GUCCGCGGGGGAAGCUGGGCCAAGAUGGCGACAAUGAGGAAGCUCCUGCCGCGGAGACUGAUGGUUUUGGCGUCUCUCCGGGCUUAAAAGGACACUGGAAGCGGGUCUUGCGUGCUUUCAACAACAUCCAGCAGUUAUUUGUCAAACCCGUAUGUGUCCCAGGGCCUUGGAAAUACGGCAAUGGAUAAAGCAAAGUCCCUGCCUCAUGCAGCUUACAUUCCAAUGGGAUCCAUUUAGGGCAAUGGACUAGCAUAGGCUGAACAUCCCUGUUGUAGUGACAUUCACCUUGCAGAGACCUUCCUAUUGACUUCAUGAAAUUCAUUGGCUCAUCGCCUUAGUCUCUGACUAAAAGCAAGGCCAGUUCAGGUCAGCACCUCUUCUGCGGAUACUUUCCCAAAGCAAGUGAAAAUUGUGGAAGUUGGUGCCCGAGACGGACUACAAAAUGAAAAGAAUAUUGUGCCUACUCCUACAAAAAUCAAGCUGAUAGACAUGCUUUCUGAAGCAGGACUCCCUGUUAUAGAAGCCACCAGCUUUGUGUCCCCCAAGUGGGUUCCCCAGAUGGCUGACAAUGCUGAAGUCUUGAAGGGCAUCCAGAAAUUUCCUGGCAUCAACUACCCGGUCCUGACCCCGAAUAUCAAAGGCUUCCAGGCAGCGGUUGCUGCUGGAGCCAAGGAAGUGAGCAUCUUUGGAGCUGCCUCGGAGCAGUUCACUAAGAAGAACACCAACUGCUCCAUUGAUGAGAGUUUACAGCGCGCUGAUGAAAUCUUGAGGGCGGCUCGGGCCGCUGGUAUCCCUGUGCGCGGGUAUGUCUCCUGUGUGCUUGGAUGCCCCUAUGAAGGGAAGAUCUCCCCGGCUAAAGUAGCUGAGAUCACCAAGAAGAUGUACUCCAUGGGCUGCUACGAGAUCUCCCUGGGGGACACCAUCGGCGUGGGCACCCCUGGGAUCAUGAAGGACAUGCUGUCCGCUGUCACGUAUGAGGUGCCCGUGGCUGCCCUGGCCGUCCACUGCCAUGACACCUAUGGCCAGGCCCUGGCCAACACCUUGAUGGCCCUUCAGAUGGGGGUGAGUGUUGUGGACGCCUCUGUGGCAGGACUUGGAGGCUGUCCUUAUGCACAGGGGGCAUCAGGAAACUUGGCCACUGAGGACCUUGUCUACAUGCUGUCUGGCUUGGGCAUUCACACGGGUGUGAACCUCCAGAAGCUCCUGGAAGCUGGGGCCUUUAUCUGCCAAGCCUUGAACAGAAAAACCUGCUCCAAAGUGGCUCAGGCUACCUGUAAACUCUGAGCCAUUUUGCUGCCUCAAGCGCUGGGGACAAUGUGGGCAAGAGGGGCACACGUGAAUGAUUCCGGACAGGGCACAUGGAAAUGGGAAUGAAAUUCACAGGAGCAGGCACCUCCCGGGGGGUCUGCACAUAGGGCUCCUGCAGAAGGGAGGCAGGAGGGCAGGAGCUGCUUGGCCUCGGGCCUCCUUGCCAGACCCAGGUGUGAGUGAGAAGCCUUGGGGGCUGUAGGUCUCCCUGCCCCAUGAACCACCUCCCGCCAGGAGCUGAAUGCCUGGGGGUCCCCUGGAACCCAUUCCCUGGUGCUCCGGCCUCAUCUCUGGGUGAAAUCUGUCAGCUAGCUACACUACACACGUGGCUCGACCCUGCCAUGGCCUUGGGGCCAUCACUGACUCCGUAGAGCAAAGGGGUGUGGAGUUUUUCCCCAAGCCGGCAGAGGGGGCGAGGGCUGAGCUGCUCUGGUGGCCACUGCCAACUCUGGCAUCUCUGGAAAAUCUCCACUCUGAGCAUGAUUUUCGAAAAGCGCUUAUGUAAUUAAAGGUUUAAUGACACGAAGCAUUCAGGUAUUCCGUUGUGCAGAUGUGUGUACGAAUGGGGGAGACUGGGGGGGAAUAAACCACCUUUACAACAUGGCAUCCUGAGAGGAAAAUGGAGACUUUGAGCUGGUUUACUGGCCUCUGGGUUUCCUCCGUUUCCCCACCCGGGCCCCAAAUUCAUAAUGACUGGAAAUCAGUGGCUUUGGGCUCGUUCAGGUCUGGCCAGAAACCCGCGGAGAGGUGGUUUCUGAGGCUCUUGGCCCUGAGAGCCGGGAGGCGCGGGUCCGGGCGCCUUGGGCUCCAGCUCCGGCGCUACCGUCGUCAGUCGUCCUCGCUGGACUGCAGGCCCAGGGCAUUGCGGGCUGGGCACGGCUUGUUUGCUCGGGUCGUCAGGACUUCCUACGCACAGUGCCCCAGCCCUGCCCCUACUUUCAGCAGAAGCACGACACCGUCUUCUAGUCCACUGUGGCAGGCACGGUGCGGACGGACCGUCCCCAGUGGUCCGUGCGGGUGCCGAGCGCAGCGAGCACUGCGGCGUCCGCCCGAGCUUCCGAUUGCCCUCCAGCUCUCUGGGUGGUUCUCGAACCAGACUUCGCAGAGCCCGCGGCCUCUGGGCGGCCGCCCCUUAGGGCCUGGGCUGCGCGCCGUCGCUGAUUUCCCGCUAGGCUGGCUCGGAAGAACAGGCGGGGCACGUGCAGAGAGGCUGGCGAACGGGCGGUGAGCGGGGUGGGGGUGGGGGUGGUGGGAAGGGGGGGUGCCCCGCCUUCGGCCUGUGGCUCCCGCCGCGGGACAGCCGCCGGGCACCCGGAGCCGAGCUCCCCGGGCCAGGCCGCGCCUCCCCUCCGCCUUCCGACACCGGACCGCGCCGCGCA